GAAAACACCGGAUGUAGCGCAGCAUCAGGCAGAUACGGAGGCGGAAGUGAUUUGACGUAAACUUGUGAAGCUGGUGUGGACAGCAGUCGAGUAGUCUUGCAUUCCCCCCCCAUAACGUUUUAAAAAACAAAAGCGAAACAUUUUUCUCACAGUGUCACAUCGCUUCCAGGGUCCAUGAUGUUUAACAGACAGAACAGUCUUUGGAUGGGUGAUUUGGACCCAUACAUGGACGAGAACUUUGUGAAACAGGCCUUUAGUGCUAUGGGAGAGUCACCGUUAGGAGUCAAGAUCAUCACUCACAGGAUAACAGGUGGUUCUGCAGGUUACUGCUUUGUGGAGCUGGCGGAUGAAGCGAGUGUCGACCGCUGCGUACAAAGACUCAACGGGAAGUUGGUUCCAGGAUCAAACCCGCUGUAAAGCUCAGUGUGACAGGUGUUGUUAAACUGAGAGCUGCUUGGUGUUUGAAAUGCCGUCGGCCCUGUGUGUGCUGGCUGGACUGCUGGGCUCCCCUGUUCACCGGCCUGUAUGUGCUGCUGAAAGUGGCGAGGAAGCUGCUUGUACAUGAAUGUACUUUGUUUGAAGCUGGUCAAAAGAGUCUCUGGUAGGAACUAACUGAGGAAGGGGCUAAAGGCUGG